AUGGAGGAAAAAAUGAACGAGGACAAUAAAACAAACAUAUGGAGAGGUCCUCAGAAAUUUAAUACGACGCAAAUCGUAAACUGCUUGCUUCGUAAGUCGCAAUAUAAAGAAGACGAGGAUGCAGAAGAGUAUACUGCCCGCCCAUCAGAAUACAUGAAACAAAUGUUAAUGACAACGGACGAGAUGACGCAGUAUAUUUUGAAAUGGAAGAAUAGAUUCAAUUUACCAUUGUGUAUGGAACUCGAGGCUUCCAAUUUCGAAGUCAGCCCUAGUAUCAUCGUAUUUCAACAGUUCACCCCUGGAAUCUCUUUGAGUGUGACAGUGACCGUUCGAAACGUGUCAGCGGUACCAAGAUAUUUGAGAAGCUCUUACGAGCCUGAUCCUUUCUUUUCCGUGGAUUUCUGUGGAAGCAGUUACUUGACGAUGCUUGCGCCAGGUAUUUCCAAUUCCUAUCGAGUGAAGUUCAUGCCUGACACGAACCAAGACUACCAUUAUCAAUUGAAAUUCGCGACUGAUAGCGGAGAUCUGAUAGUACCGGUCGUAGCGAUCAAUGCGAGAGGAAUUUUGGACUUCCCUGAUCGAAUCGAAGUACCACUGACAGGCGUGAAGAUUCCCUCGUCGAAAACGAUAUUUGUACGCAACAUCGGAGGUGCUUCAACUAUUUUCACCCUUUACACUGACAAUCCUUGCUUCUGGAUCGAGCCAUCGAAGGGUAGAAUGGAAGAAGAAGAAUCGCUUCAGUUCACUAUACACUUUCUGUCGAACAAGGCUGGCGAUUUCGAAGGGAAUCUUUUUCUCGAAUACGAAACUGAAGAAAAACUGCGAAUAGAACUUCGAUGCUCCACAGAGAAUUGUCCCAUUCGAAUCGAUAGAGGCAGUAUCAGAAUGGAAGAUACUUUCUUGGGUCUAUCAAGAAGUAAGAUUCUCACGAUCCACAACAGGAGCAAUUAUAUCGUCAAGUACAAGUGGAUGCAGCUUGAGAGCAUCGAGGCGGAUAACGAGCGAAGAGAACAUUAUAAGAAAUUGUUCCAUCUGGUUUAUGAGAGCGAGCUUAAUCGUUGCGUGGACCUCGUUCAUUAUAACGUGUGCACUCCUGAUAUCCAUCAGCUGGUUUAUCAACGUAUCUACACGGACGAGCUGGAGUCUCUGACGAAAGAAACCUUUCAGUAUAAUCAUAUCUGUUUUAUGUUUGCACCAGAGGAAGCUGAAAUUUGGCCGCAAUCGUCUACCGAUGUAACAAUUUUCUUUCGUGCGCUGGAAGUCGGUGAGGUGACCAGUAAUGCCUACCUAGAAGUGACUGGUCGCGAAGAUAGAAUACCACUGACUCUUUAUGGAACAGGCAAAGGACCGGUUUUCCGCUUGAACGUUCUCACGAUCAGUUUGGAGAACAUCUACAUGUGUUCGGUGCACAAUUACGAGAUAAUAGCGGCGAACAAAGGGCACAUACCCGGCACGUUGAUUUACAGGGCAAAACCAACCGAUUUCGGCGGAACGAUCGACGUGACACCUCUCAGUCUUAAGCUACAACCAGACGAGCAUAAAUCUUUCAAUUUAUCGUUCUCGUCGAAUCGUAAGGGCGAUUUCGUGGAGAGAGUCGAUUUCGUGGUGAAAGAGAGCCUCGAGGUGCUCAGCUUGCAUAUCAAGGGAUGCAUUAUAUGCCCUACUUUGCACUUUGACAAGGAGAGCCUCGAUUUUGGCACGACGGCCCUCGGAUUCAGCACUAGACAAGACGUGUACUUGAACAACCUAGCCUUGAUACCUGUAGCUUUCACCAUAACCGUGCUGAACGACGGAGAUCAGGUACCAUUGCUGCACGAGGACUACGCGAAAGCUCAAACGAAGCCAAGUUUCCCGAGCAAACCGCGAGAAUUCCAAGUUGUGCCACAGGAAGGAGUGGUAGCUGCUCAUGGUUCGAUGAAAAUCAAAGUCAUUUACACCGCCAAUAUCGCGCGUGUCGGUCAGACGACUAUUCAGGUCGACAUGUGGGACUCUGAUUCGGAUCCUGUCACCUUGCCAGUGAAAUUCUGCGGUAUCGUUGGGAUGGAUAAUCAUCAACAGCAUUGA